AAGUCUUUUACUGAGGCUGGAAGCUUAAAAAAACACCAACUCAUCCACAGUGGAGUUAAACCUUACAGCUGUAAAUUGUGUGGAAAGUCUUUUACCCAGGCUGGAGGCUUAAAAAAACACCAACUCAUCCACAGUGGAGUUAAACCUUAUAGCUGUGACUUGUGUGGAAAGUCUUUUACCCAGGCUCAAAGCCUAAAAACACACCAGCUCAUCCACAGUGGAGCUGGAGGCUUAAAAACACACCAACUCAUCCACAGUGGAGUUAAACCUUACAGCUGUGACAUGUGUGGAAAGUCUUUUACCGAGGCUGGAAGCUUAAAAAAACACCAACUCAUCCACAGUGGAUUUAAACCUUACAGCUGUGAGUUUUGUGGAAAGUCUUUUACCGAGGCUGGAGGCUUAAAAAAACACCAACUCAUCCACAGUGGAGUUAAACCUUACAGCUGUGACUUGUGUGGAAAGUCUUUUACUGUGGCUCAAAACCUAAAAACACACCAACUCAUCCACAGUGGAGUUAAACCUUACAGCUGUAAAUUGUGUGGAAAGUCUUUUACCCAGGCUGGACACUUAAAAACACACCAACUCAUCCACAGUGGAGUUAAACCUUACAGCUGUGAGUUGUGUGGAAAGUCUUUUACCGAGGCUGGAAGCUUAAAAAAACACCAACUCAUCCACAGUGGAGUUAAAGCUUACAGCUGUGAGUUGUGUGGAAAGUCUUUUACCCAGGCUGGAGGCUUAAAAACACACCAACUCAUCCACAGUGGAGUUAAAGCUUACAACUGUGACUUGUGUGGAAAGUCUUUUACCGAGGCUGGACACUUAAAAACACACCAACUCAUCCACAGUGGAGUUAAAGCUUACAGCUGUGACUUGUGUGGAAAGUCUUUUACCCAGGCUGGAAGCUUAAAAACACACCAACUCAUCCACAGUGGAGUUAAACCAUAUGGCUGUAAAUUGUGUGGAAAGUCUUUUACCCAGGCUGGAAGCUUAAAAACACACCAACUCAUCCACAGUGGAGUUAAACCUUACAGCUGUGACUUGUGUGGAAAGUCUUUUAACCUGGCUGGAACCUUAAAAAAACACCAACUCAUCCACAGUGGAUUUAAACCGUACGGCUGUGACUUGUGUGGAAAGUCUUUUACCCAGGCUGGAAGCUUAAAAACACACCAACUCAUCCACAGUGGAGUUAAACCAUAUGGCUGUGAUGAGUGUGGAAAGUCUUUUACCCAGGCUGGAGACUUAAAAAGACACCAACUGAUCCACAGUGGAUUUAAAGUGUACAGCUGUCACUUGUGUGGAAAGUCUUUUACCCAUCGUAAAGGCUUAAAAUUACACCAAAUCAUCCACAGUGGAGUUAAACCUUACAGCUGUGAGUUGUGUGGUAAGGCUUUUGCUCAAAAUAGCAGCUUACAGAGGCAUCUAGUUACCCACUCUGGAAUUAAGGCGUACAGCUGCGACUUUUGUGGAAAAAGGUUCAGCGACAAACACUACCGAAAUAUUCACCUGCGGAGUCACACUGGAAUUGAUGUUUCCUGCUGUGAUCAGUGUGGGAAACUGUUUGCAACAGAUGCACAGUUACAACAACACAUGUUUAGCCACACUGAGGAGAGACCUUACAAAAGUGACCUGUGUGAGAAGACUUUUAAAGCUCCACAUCAGCUGAAGAAACACCAACAGAUCCACACAAGAAAGUAACUCUAGAAGUGCAGUUACUGUGAGGAUGUAUAUAUGUUUUAUCUUGUAAUUGUAACGUGAGUGUUUGGAACAAGUCCAGUAAGCUCAGUGUUAUAGUGUAAAUAGUAAAACGUAAUUGCACGUUGGCAGAGAUGCUUUUUAUUUCAGGCGACGUUCAGGAUAAAAACGUUGAAGGAAUUCCCUGAUUUACACUGUCUUUUUUUAGAAAUGGAGCAAAGCACAUGGAUCCAUUUCCACUGUAACAUCCAGUUUCACCAGUAGAUGACAGCACAUUUUAAUCCUCUGAGGUUUGAUGCCCCAGUAGUAAUGUCUCCAACUCAUAAUGUGAACAAAAUAACAACAUAUAAUGGUUUUUAUAUAACCAUUUUUAAUAAAUGUAAUUAAUGUGUUUAAUAAAUGUGACUUGUGUCUGCUUCAGGCUUCACUCAGAGGUUGAACAGGAUGAGCUCUGAGCUGGUUCAGUUCAGUCUGAGUCACAUGUUCAUCAUGAGUUUGUAAUUCAUCACCUCUGUGCUUAUGUCUCAAACUACUGGCUAAGAAACUGAAUAUUUUUCAGAGGGAGGGACAGUAAGUAAAACGGGACAGUUUGAAAUAAAUACACUGAUGACAUUUUCAAAGUUUCCCUGUAGUGGCUCUGAUUUAAAGUCUGAACAAACACACACAGUUCAAACAACAGGGAACAUGAUUACAAGCUUUACUGGGAACCAGUUCAGAUACAAAUCGCACAGCUUCCAUACUGCUCACACUUUUACUGCUUCUUCAAACCUGAAGCCCACAGAUCUGUGCUGAUCUUUAACUUUGAUCACAUGAUUUCUUGUAGUGUGGGUUUAGGGUUUCUUUCUCUCAGCUUCAGUUCUUACGUUGAGUUUGUUACUUCUGCCCCGCUGACAGCCAAAUCCAUCUGUUCUCCGAUUGGA